AUGUCACAGUCAUUCGCUUCUCUCGAGCUACAGCUCAUGCUCGGCUCUGGGCGGUGUUCCAAACAAACUGGAUGGCCUAGCGGUGUGGGCAGUGCCCGUAGGGUUGGGGAUCUCCAGUAUAUUGAUGACGACAUCGUAGCAUACAGCUCUGGUGAUAUAGUCAUUCUUAUGAACACCGAUACAGGGAAGCAGCGUGCAUACACUGGCCACACUAGCCUAGUCAGUGCCUUGGCUUAUGGCCCAGACGUGAAGCUUAUGGCAUCAGGGCAAUGCAGGAGGGGCCAUUCCAAGAUCAGCGACAUUCACGUGUGGGAUCCUCAUCGCUUCGGUUCGGUAGAGGUCAUCACUACACCCAUGCUGUGCUUGGCCUUCCAUGACUCCCCUGCCAUCUCUACCCUAUGCUGGCUCCCCGGCACGAAUGGAUAUCUCUGCUCAGUAGGAGCCGGCUCGCAAAAGCAGGUUAUGGCUGUUUGGAAGGCGGGCCGAUGUGCACCAACACGAAGGGCAUCUUUGGGUGCUGCUCGCUCCUAUCGAGGGUCUCAGAAGCCUAUCUGUACUACCACUUGUGCUGCUGCAGAGGUCGUUGGUAGUCUCCCUCUAUUCGAACACGAAGACGCCUACCAAUGGGCGAUUUUCGGUCAUGGUUCGGUCGAGCUUGAGACCAGAGGAGGCCCCGAAGGGCUGGCAGUGGUGUAUUUGAAGGUCCUAAGGAAGCGCGUUGUGGCCUUACAGGAGAACGGAUGGUGUACUAUCCUUGGUGACCAGCACCAGACCAAGUCCCGUCGUGUGGCACCAGUAGGGGAGCGGCUCAUAGGUGCCAGCUUGUGGAGGCACUCUAUAACUCUUCAAACAGCUGAGAACCCGUAUGCUGCUGUGUUGGACACUCGCUGUGACCUUCACAAACAGGACUUGAGCCCCCAAGGGCACCUGCUCGCCUCGGCACCAUCAGCACCGUGUACCUGUGUUGCUGCUGCUGGGUCCAUCCUUGCUGUGGGCUGCAGUGAUGGCGGUAUGCUUUAUAUCUACCACAGCCUGUAUCCCUCUAAGAAGCCCCUGACCCUCACAUUCACACUGCCUCCAACACGGCUCCUCAGCGGAGCCAGCGGCAUCGACCACACCCUGGCCGUCACUUGUAUCGAUGCUGUGAAUACCGAGGGCUCUCGGCCGUCUGUGAGGAUAGCAGUUGGUUACAGUAACGGCUACCUCGCCAUCUUCGACUUGAAUAGUGACCAGCUCAGUGCCGACAACAUUAUCGUACAGUACACUAGAGGGCUCAGCCAAGCAGCUCCUCUAACUGCAUGCCAGUUGUCACCCCUAGGUGGUCAUUGUGCUGUAGGUUGUCAGGAUGGUCUUGGGUAUCUUUUGACGUUCAAAAGUGCAGUGCCCCUGAACGAAGAAGUGAAUGAGGCGGAUUCACUAGUGGCUAAGAAGGAUGCCCUACACGGUCACAUGUGCCCUGUUGAUAACAUCAUGUUUGUUGUGACGACCUCGGAGGCAUCUUCAGAACAAGUGCCUGUUGAAAGUCACCAUGCUAUUCACGAGAUGGUCCAUGGUACCCCAGUGGCAUCCAGUGUUUCCGGUCGCCGCAUGGUCAAUCCUCGAACCUUGGCUCAGCAAGCGGAGGAGGCCAAGACGGAACUCCCAGCACUAUGUCUUCUCACCUGCAGCAGCCGCGACGGCCAGGUGCUCUGUUACGAUACUUCUACACACAGUAGGAUCCCACAGACUCUCAAGGUCUUGGAAAUCGCUAGAACGAUGACUCUACCCUGCAAUCGUUGGAGACUGCCUUCCAAAGCAGUUCAGGUCUGUACUGAGCUCAACGUUCUGGCUGGCACCAGAGGCAGCCGCCCUAAUAGUGCAUUGGGGAAUACUCCGUAUUGUGGAGUAGGAUCAGCAGGCCCCAAACAAGUUAGAGGAUCUCCUGAUGGGCGUCUAUUGUGCCUCUGUGAUAAGGCAGCUGGUAUUGUUGAAGUCGCUGAUGCUGCUAGUGGUGAACGUUUAGCUCAUAGAAAGACUGAUGGUUCAGCAGCACCCAACGGCAUUGCUUGGCUUGAUAACGGUACGAUAGCUGCUGUUGCUCUCGAUGGCACUAUUUCCCUCUGGCGAGUCCCUGGGAUGCCUCUGGCAUCAGAGAAAGCCGCCAAGGCUGUUACCGAAAUCACCGAGGCGGAGCUCCGCGAGAUGCUGACCAGCCAUCCCCGAUCAACUAUCGGAGAGUAUAGUCAAUGCCCCGAGGUUGAGGAUAAGGAGAAUCAGGUACCGUCUCCCGACAACGAGACGCCCUCAGAAGAGGCCUCAAGCCAAGAGGAGGAAGAACUACCGUCAACACAGCACUAUCAAUGGGAAGGUGAGAUCGAUCCGGCUCGCAUAGUCUCUGGCUGCUAUAAUUGGGAGUCGCCACAGAGGAGUAUGGAGAGGAAAGAGGUUCUCCAAGCACAGAGAGCUAGACGGGAGACGGUGGUGGGGAAGGUCGGUGAGAAUCAGAGUGGUCCGAGUAGUUCUCCUUGGAAGGAUGAAGGCUUCGUCGCUGGUACUUUAUCAACACGAGUCAAUCCAAGUGCGAAUGCUACUGGUAUAUCCGAGCUCCUUGCCGGUAACAACAAUGCCGAUGACCGUUUUCGGCGCCACCUAGCUGCAACAGUGCCUGCUAGUAUGAAGCCAGCUCGAGGUUCGCUCGUGAAAGUUAAGACCUCAGUAGAGCCUGGCGCUUACGUUAUAAGCAUCAGUGGCCCUUCCUAUGUUGGGCAGAGGAUUGGCCGAGUCAUCGCUGAUCUCGGAGCUCAAAUAAUCCGCAUUGAGUCUCCUGUUGACUCCAACACGGUUAAAGUCCCUAUCGGUUUUGACCUAUCUGCUCGGUUGAGGAUCGAUCUUCACAACUUCCAGGAUAGUGGUGCGAUGAAAAUAAUGGUCCCUCGUCGAAGAGCCGGAACGGUUUGCGGAUACGGAGAGAAGCUGUUGGUUGACACAACCAACCUGACAACACCUUACACAGCCUAGUCUGAUUAAAUUCAUUGUAUGAAUGCAGCUGUAGUCGAA